AUGAAGUACACCUCCUUCCUGCUGGCUCUUGCUGGCACGGCCGCCGCCAUCGACGAGUCCCUCAUCAUCCAGGACGACGGCGGCAGCAACACCAUCAACGGCUAUGCCAGCCGCAUCCCCGUCUGCGCCAACCUCUGCAUCUUCCAGGCCGCCGUUGCCGUCGGCUGCGACACCGACGACUACCACUGCCAGUGCUCCGACACCAAGUACGACCAGCUGAUUGCCCUCACCCACAACUGCCUGGACAAGUCGUGCAGCCCUGCCCAGGCCAAGAACGCCCACACCCUCAGCAACAAGAUCUGCGGUGCCGUCAAGCGCGGUCUGCCCGUGCUCAAGCGCGCCGCCGCUCCGGCCCCUGCCCCUGCCCCUGCGCCGGCCCCGUUCCCUGCACCCGCCCCUGCGCCGGACGCCUUCCCGGCGCCUGCCCCCGAGCCCGAGAUCCCCGAUGAUGUCGUCGCUGCCUACCUGGCCCGUCGCGAUGCCGACACCGGCUGCGGUUCCCCCACGACCGUCCAGACCGUCCAGGCCUCCCACAUCCCCACCGCCAGCCUGAUCCCCUCGCCGACCACCACUUCGACGCCGACCUCGGUGACCACGGCCGGCGCGGUCGUCCACGGUGUUCCUGUUGCGGCCGUGGCCGGUGCCGCCGUGGCCGCGGUGGCCAUGAUGCUGUAA